AAAGUGCAGCAGUCCGGUCAUCACGGCCAGGCCUGCUCAUGGAGCCCCGGUCAUGGGACCGGUGGCGCAAAUUCGGGGCCAACGAGGCCAGCACCGAUGGCCCCAUUCGGGACAGUCAGCGGGAGGAAGGUACAGGAAAGUAGAGUAGGUGUGAACAAGCAGCCUGCCUGCCGUGACAGUCGCAGCUACUGCACUGCACUUUUCAUGGACUUGGACUUCUUCUUUGGGACUGGAAGGCGGGGCAAGGCGGGCCAGCGAGCCAACGAGGCCAGCCAGCCAGAGUGCACAUCGCGCAAUCUUUCACGUCCCUGGCUUGUUCGAUUUUGGCUCUCGGCCGCCAAAUCGACAGGCAGGCGGGCGGCAUUGGCAAUUAGAGGUAGUUAGUUAGAUGGUGCUUCGAUCACUUGGACUCACAAGCAGGUACGAGCAGUUUGCACAGAUCGGCGGCUCGUUCGCUUGUGGGAUCGAGGAGUCUUUGUAGUUUGUCGGUUGCGUUGACGGUGUGAGAUUACGAAUUUGAAUAAAGAAAGGGAGGGACGGAGGGAGUAUUGAAGUGACAAUCUUGCUCGUCGGAGUGUCGAGCACGGUUGACAGGUCGGCCCACUAGAGUUUGAUUUCGGGGUCGCAGGGAAUUCCAAGGAAGAGAAUGCGGUUGUAGUGGCAGAGGAGGAAAUGCGGAGUCGGACAACCUAGAUAGACAGGAAGUGAAGUCAGAUCGGAGAUAUGGCUGUGACUAUCCCAUACUUUGCUGCAUUGACUACUUACUUUAGCUAUGGCCUCCUCUUUGUGUUCGGACAUUUGCGAGAUUUCUUUCGAGGUUUUAUGAAGUCGGAGUCUGCACCUGAGGGCUACGCACCUCUUUGUCGAGAUUUUGAGGACUUCUACACCAGACGACUCUACCAUCGAAUUCAGGACUGUUUCAACCGGCCCAUAGCAAGUGCCCCCAACGCUUGGAUUGAUGUGAUUGAGCGUUACUCCAAUGACAACAACAAGACAUUACACCGCACAGGAAAUUCGAGACACUGCUUGAAUCUCGGAUCCUACAACUACUUGGGUUUCGCUGCGCAAGAUGAAUAUUGCACACCACGAGUUGUUAAGUCACUGGAUAAGUUCGCUAUAAGCACUUGUGCAAGCCGAGCAGAUGGUGGUACAACUAGUUUACAUGAAGAGUUGGAAACCCUCAUGGCCGAUUUCAUUGGGAAGCCAGCUGCGUUGGUUUAUGGGAUGGGUUUUGCCACGAAUUCAACGACGCUGCCUGCAUUGAUGGGCAAGGGUGGCCUCAUUAUCAGUGAUUCCCUCAAUCAUUCUUCUAUAGUUGCUGGUGCUCGUGGAUCUGGAGCAAAAGUCUCAGUGUUCCAACAUAAUAUUCCCGAGCAUUUAGAGGAAGUUUUGAGACAAGCUAUUGCUGACGGUCAGCCUCGAACACACCGACCAUGGAAGAAGAUAAUGGUCAUUGUUGAAGGAAUUUAUAGUAUGGAAGGCGAACUUUGCCGGUUAAGAGAAAUUGUCGCAGUUACGAAGAAGUACAAGGCUUAUUUAUAUCUCGACGAGGCUCAUAGCAUUGGUGCCAUUGGCAAAUCAGGGAAGGGUGUUUGUGAACUCCAAGGAGUAGAUCCUGCAGAUGUGGAUAUCAUGAUGGGAACAUUUACCAAGUCAUUUGGGUCUUGCGGAGGUUAUAUAGCAGGCAGUAAGGAACUCAUCCAAUACUUGAAGCACGUGAGUCCAGGUCACUUGUAUGCCACAGCUAUGUCUCCACCUGCUGUACAGCAAGUGAUUUCUGCCCUCAGGCUUAUUCGAGGAGAGGAUGGUACCGACAGAGGUGCUCGCAAACUAGCUCAAGUGAGGGAAAACAGCAACUUUUUCAGAGAAGAAUUGCGGAAAAUGGGUUGUGAAGUCUUGGGGGAUGCUGACUCACCAGUCAUGCCAGUCAUGCUGUAUAAUCCUGCCAAGAUACCAGCUUUCUCCCGAGAAUGCUUCAAGCGCAAUGUAGCGGUUGUGACCGUGGCUUUCCCAGCGACACCGUUGCUCCUAUCAAGGGCCAGGAUUUGCAUAUCCGCGGCACAUACCAGGGAAGACUUGCAACGCGGCCUUGAGGUGAUUAGUGAAGUCAGCGAUAUGGUAAAGCUAAAGUACAUGCCUCUCGAGGAGGAAGUGGAGGCACUUCUCAAGGAAAAACGUCUGUAGCCAUCUGAGUGGAUGAAACUGCUGGGACCUGCUUCUUGCAUCUUUUGGUAUAGAGGUCACAUCGGACCUUUAGGUAAUUCUUUUAAGUGGAUAUGGACUCAAAUAUCCGCUCUCGCUGUGUCGGCUUAUGAACUUUGUGAUCGAGGAACCGUCCUCAGCCUCAGGUUCAGACAGAGGCGUCUGGACUUCUUCAGAUCGAUGCGUCUUUAGCUCUCUCUUCUCUGUUUAAUGAUGGGAAGAGCUCGUAGGUGUGGAAACUUCGAACUUCAGUAGUUGAAGUUCAAGCUGGGCUGGAAAGGGUAGAAGAAAGUUGCUCUAAGUUAUGUACCACACAAAUUUAUGGGCAGAAGUAUCCUACAAUUAGAUCAGCCCACCCCCACUGUUACUCCAAUUAGUUCAAGUCCUAGAAUGAGGUUUUGUAGGUUUUGUAGCUAGAUCGAGUUGUAAUAUAAAACUUUUGCUUAAGUCCAGCCCUUAAAUGCGUGUAUUUCUGUUUAAUCACUCUCGGGAGAUGUUAAUUAACCUCUGCUCUCGAGAUCUGUACUAAGUGUGGCAUGAGCAUCAACAAGACUGUCAACUUAAGCUAAUCGUCCC